UGUUCGCGCCGAACGUCAGAUUAGUUGCCGCCAAGUAGCACCGGAAUCAAUUACAACAUGAAGUGGCUGUCGAUUGCCUUCGUUCUGGGCCUUUUGGCCCUGGCUAGCGCCAACCCCCUGAGUCCCGGCAACGUGAUCAUCAACGGCGACUGCAAAGUUUGCAACAUACGAGGCGAUUAAGUCGUGAAUCAUGAAAAAAAUAAAAUAAAACAAACAAAAUACA